UUAUUACCCAACUACGCACUUGAGCCAUUUUUCCUGACUGUCUCUUCACUCCACCCAUUGCUUGGCUACAACAGCUCGCCUUGUUUUUGCACCACAUCUUUAUGAUAAUUAGAAAUGUAAUUUUUCCAGAUAUGUCUUUCGGUCUUUCUCGAAACUGGAAAACCACAGGCAUUAUAACUUGUACUUAUUUCUACAACUCGUAAUAGGGCAGGUACGCCCGAAGCUAGGGUCCGCCCGCCACCGUCAAUAUGACGUCGAACAUUCUCUGCCUUGGAUGUCUUGCAGUCUGUAGUCAAUCAUCUUCAAAAUUUCUGUACCUAUUAAUAUAUUACUUUGAACAUAUCUCCGAACACGCGAAAUUGCCUUGACACUAAAAAAGAAGAAAGGAAGAGAGGAAACCACAGUCUGCAUUUAGACAAUUAUGGCUGACGCUGAUCCACCUUCCUAUGAGCAGGCCAUAGGCUCUGCAUCCUUCUCACGCCAACCCCGGAAUGGCAUCACCCCUGAAGCUCGCCGAAGCAUCGAGGAUGAGUCUCGACCGUUACCCGCAGGCUGGGUCCGUAGUUUUGACCCGGACUCACAACAUCAAUUCUUUGUCAACACCAAGGUUGAUCCUCCACGAGCUGUUUGGCAUCACCCUUAUGAUGAUGAUGACUAUAUGAAUUCCCUGUCAUCUGAGGAAAGAGAAAGAAUCCGCGGGCUCUCACGCCAUCCAAGUCAUCACGACGUGACCGCAGAAACAACGGACGAAGAGGGAGACGGGCAUAGUCACUCACACGGGAAGAGUCAUGCGUCUGCCUCGGCCAGCAAUGCCAGCGGGCCAAAGCGGAGCUUGGGGCGCAAGAUGAAGGACAAAUUCACCGGAACUACGCACGAGAAACGAGCGAAGGAUCGCCAGCAGCGCGAACAGAAUGAACGUGACAUGUACAAACAACACCAGCUGUUCCGCCGUGGUCUCGCAGCAGCCAUCGAGACAAACCAGCCACAACUUUUGGGCCAGGAUGACGAUGGAAUUGAAGUUUACCUUGAACCUCCAGGUUCGCGAUAUUCCGGGGUUCAGAGAGUGGAGCGCCUCAGUCCAUACCUUUCCGAGAUUAUUUACAGGCCUCCCGGUCCGUUGAACAAGAGGGCAAGGCACAUUAGACCAGAUCCCAUCUAUCCAGGUGGUUACGGCGGUCCUUACCAGAGACCAUAUGGCACAUACAACCGACCUUAUGGCUACGGCUACGGUGGCGGUAUGGGAAUGAUGCCAAUGGCUGGUCCUCUUUUCGGUGGGCUGAUGCUCGGUGGGCUAGCUGGCGGUUUGAUGUUCUAGUGCUCGACACGCGUGUAUUUUCGAGAUUGGUGAGUACCUGUAGAUAGUAUAAGGUUCUUGAGUCAUCAUAAGACCGCUAUAGUUUACCGUCAAUGCAAAUCGCAGUAGAGUCAG